UGAAAUAAUGACUCUUUAUUUCUCUUUCCUGACGUUGCUUCAUUUCCGUCAGUCAAACCGUUGACUUUCAUUCAUCCGUUUCCCUCCCUCGUAUAGAUAGAGGAGUUGGGUCGAUAAGAUCUCGUAUUUUACAUCUUCUGCCGGAAUCCGGAGAUUGCCCACAGCCGAAAUAUCUGUUGCCAGUAUCGUCCUAAUAUCUUUUCCUUGGUUCUUGAGCUCUUCUCUUCUCAGAUUCUCUCUCUCUCUCUCUCUCUCUCACCACCGUCUCCUUUUAAAACCAGGCAGAUACGCUCUAACCAAACUCAUUUCCAUUUCGGGCUCUCAUCUUCUCUCCUCGUCGGAAAUGUCAACUGCCGCCUCAUCUCGCAGGUCUUCGGCUGCCGGAGAAACGGCUUGUGGGUCAGAACUCCAUGUAUUGGCUGUGGAUGACGGCUUGCUCGACCGGAAGUUGAUUGAAAGAUUGCUCAAGAGCUCUGCUUAUAGAGUGACGACCGUGGAUAGCGGGAAAAGAGCAUUGGAGUUGUUGGGUUGGGGCAAUGAAGUCUCUUCCAAGAAACCGAAGGUGAAUAUGAUAAUCACCGACUACUGCAUGCCAGAGAUGACGGGAUUCGAUCUUCUUAAGAGAGUGAAGGAGUCGUCGACGCUCAGAGAAAUCCCCGUCGUUAUCAUGUCUUCCGAAAAUGUCCCAAAUAGAAUCAGCAGAUGCUUGGAGGAAGGAGCGGAAGAGUUCCUAUUGAAGCCUCUUCGGCCGUCGGAUGUGUCGCGAUUGCGUGAUCAUAUGAUUACAUGAACGGCUAGGAUGGAUUGGUUGAAAUUUUCCUGAAAAUCAAACUCAAUUUUACCAAUUGAAUCCUCGGUUUAUAUAUAUAAAUUUUCCCUUUUCGGAAA